CGUCAAAAUUAUUUGUGCAUUUUAACCCAAAGCUGAAUUUUUUAAAUAUCCCACGCGACGCGUUAAAACUAAAAAUAUUCUUUUUGUUAGAAAUAAGUUUUGCUAUUUUUGUUGCGUUUUUUAUAUGCAUAUUCCAUUCGGUUGAAAAUGCUCAGUCGGAUAGAGGUUUCAAUGCGCUGGAUUUUUGAAGCUCCAUAUAGACCCAAACAUGUUUUGGACAGCAGUGGCCUCGUCCACUAUUUCCUCAUCGAACACAGAGCCAUCGGCAGCCCUGGCCAGUGCAGCCCCGAACUAUCACCAGCUCCACACGAAGCCGCCGCUCCGCUCCCUUAAAAACAGCUGGCAAAAUAGCAAUGCAGCAUUCAAGACGCGUCUGCACCAGCAGCAGCAGGAACAAAAAGAGCAGAAGAAACAGCAACAGGAGCAGAAACAGCAACAGGACCAACAGAAGGAAAUAGAACUAAAGCAGCAACAGCAACGGGAAGCACAGAUAAUUUUACAUCAGGAAAAGCCACAGCAAAAGCCAGAAGAGGAAACAGAGCAGCAAGGAUCAGUGGCAAAGAAGAAAAUCGCUCCAAAAAGUGAAAGUGCCCGUAAAAUGUUCAAAGCUUUAGCUGCCUCCUGCAAGUGCAAAAAGAAGUGAAAGAGAGUGUGGGAGUGCGUGU